AUGCGCUUCUCAACCAUCCUCGGCUCGGUAUUGCUUGCAGCGCCUAUCCAGGCAGCAAAGCUACUGAUCUGUUCUGAUAGCACCACGGCAAACUAUGCCACUGGAAACGCCCUACAGGGAUGGGGCUUUUACAUCCAAGACUACACGACCCUGACGGUUUCAAACCUUGCCAAGAAUGGCCGCUCGACCAGGUCUUUUAUCAACGAGGGCCUAUGGAGCGACCUGUUGUCAAAGACGGCGUCAGGAGAUUUCGUGGUUAUUGAGAUGGGCCACAACGACGACGGGGAUCCCACUACAUCUGACCGCGCUACCCUCCCAGGCACUGGCGAAGAAACUGUCACAGUCACCACAACGACAGGCAGUAAAGAAAUCGUCCACACAUUUGGCUGGUAUCUGCGCAAGAUGAUCGCCGACCUCAAGGCCAAGGGAGCAACGCCUAUCAUUUCCGGUAUGGUUAACCGCAACUACUGGACUGGUAACAUCCUGCAGUCGAAGUGGCCUUUUGCGGACUACGCCGAAACUGUGGCCAAAGCGGCUGGAGUCGAAUACAUCAACCAUACAAAGUACUCCGUGGCUUUGUUCCAGGCGAUGGGUCCUACUAAGGCCAAAACGUACUAUCCUAAUGAUAACACGCAUACUAAUUGGGACGGUGCGAAGUUGAACACACAGACUUUUGUUCAAGCUGUUAAGUACAAGUGUGGCGGGACUAGUGUGCUUAGGAAGUAUCUGAAUGCAGCUGGUAACGCUAUCAAGAGCCCGGCUCAACAGUCAUGCUAG